AUGCAGAUAAACCUCAAACGUGACUGUCAGCUGAAGCAAAACCUUCUCGAGCUUAAGCAGUUGCAGCUUGACAAUGUGGAGAAGCGCAACCAGCAGUUAGAAGCGCAGUUGCAAGAUUGUCAGGCACGGCUCCUGAAAUUCUCCCUUACGAGCUGCUUGAGUGAUGCCGCCAUUUUGCAAGAAUUCAUCACAAUCCGGGAAAAUCUCUCCCGCUGGAUCGAAGAAUUCCCUGAGGUGAAUGGUGACUUUGCAAACGACUGUGGACUAGCAUCUGCCACGCUUGUCUCGACUCACAUGGUUUUCGGAUGGCCGGAGAGGUUUCCAAAUAGUUCCUGGUUCUGUGCAGUCGGAGAUCUUGAUGCACUUCACUUUCAACCCGUCUCUGGACAGAUAUAUUUGGGGUUACGAUUCCAGGUGCAUCGUCAGAGGACGAGAAACUACUGGCGGAGCUCCAUGAUGGAAUGCUAUGUCCAGAGCCACAGAAGGAUGCUGAGAGCAUCAAUGCUUGGAGAUCAGACACCAUGA